CAGCAACUGAACCAACGCUGGGCGUACGGCGGGAGACCCGGGGCGAGGCUGCCCUUGGUGCGUGUUGGGGACCCGAAGGGGACUCUGGAUUUCGGUCCCUCCUCUUUUCCCUCUGGGUCUCGCACUCGGGUUGUCGACCCUCCUCCCAGGUACUGGCCAGGAGCGGAGGGCACCUAUCUCCACAAAUCGCAUCAUGGGCAACGCCUCCAAUGACUCAGGGUCCGAGAACUGCGAGACUCGACAGUGGCUCCCCUCGGGCGAAAGCCCAGCCAUCAGCUCCGUGAUGUUCUCCGCCGGGGUGCUAGGGAACCUCAUCGCGUUGGCGCUGCUGGCGCGCCGCUGGCGGGGGGACGCGGGGCGCACCUCCGGUGGCAGAAAUUCCAUCUCCUUGUUCCACGUGCUGGUGACCGAAUUGGUGUUCACAGACCUGCUGGGUACCUGCCUCAUCAGCCCGGUGGUGCUGGCUUCAUACGCAAGGAACCAGACUCUGGUGGCUCUAGAGCCCGAAAGCCGAGCGUGCACCUACUUCGCCUUCUCCAUGACCUUCUUCAGCCUGGCCACGAUGCUCAUGCUCUUCGCUAUGGCUCUGGAGCGCUACUUUUCCAUCGGGCACCCCUACUUCUACCAGCGCCGCUUCUCUCGCCGCGGGGGCCUGGCGGUGCUGCCAGUCAUCUAUGCGUUCUCUCUGCUUUUCUGCUCCCUGCCGCUGCUGGACUAUGGGCAGUACGUUCAGUACUGCCCUGGGACAUGGUGCUUCAUCCGGCACGAACGGACAGCUUACCUGCAGCUUUACGCCACCGUGCUCCUGCUGCUCAUAGUAGCGGUGCUUGCCUGUAACUUCAGUGUCAUCCUCAACCUCAUCCGAAUGCACCGCCGAAGCAGGAGAAGUCGCUGCGUACCUUCCUCUGGCAGCUGCCGGGGUCCCGCGGCCCGCAAGAGAGGGGAUAAGCUGUCCAUGGCGGAGGAAGCGGACCACCUCAUCCUCUUGUCUAUUAUGACUAUCACCUUCGCCAUCUGUUCCUUGCCUUUCACAUUUCCUUCGUCUUCUCAUCCUCAGCAGUGGAAAAGGACACAGGGUUCUAAAAGCCCACAGAUGAUCCCCACCCGCAGUGAACUUCAUUUCUCAGCUAUGUUCUCUUUGCCCUGGUCCCUACUGUCCUCACACUUGUACCCACCAAUCCUGUGAGGGCAGAAGCUGGUCUGAAUGGGUAAGUCACACUUAGGGGGAAAUGAGGAGGAGUUUGUCAAAGGUACCCUCUUAAAUAAUGUGGGACCAUGUGGAGGUGACAUCUCCCAUUCCACCUUGAGCAGAGAGUGUGUUAUAGAAAUUUUGCAAUGUAGAAACCAACAUGGCUUCUACACUCUUGUUCUGUUUUACUAAAGGAGGUUUCAAUUAUGUUAAGGGCUAAUUGGCUUUUGGGGAUUAGAUCUAAGAUGCAGAACACUAUCAAUGAAAGAAAGCACUUGAAGUUCCACCAAACAACAGAAUUCAACUUGGGGAACAUAAACCAUUCCUGAAUGGGGGAGUGACUGUCUUAGGUUGGUGGGAAUUAAGAUGUCAGUUCUUAAAUUUUUAUCUAUCAUUUAUGAGUGGAUUUAUAAAAAUAUCCUCCACCUCUGGUUACUUCAAUAGCCCAGGAAAGGGCUCAAGUGUGAAAAAGGACUGUUAAUUUCCCUUUUAUUUAGAAGAGGCAAACAGGAAGAAAAAGGUCUCCCCCUUUUACCAUGACUGUUCUACUGCAUAAACUGUAUUUUUAAAAAUAAAGAGUGAUUUUCAACAGGUUCCCCUAUUUUCAUAUAGACCUUUGAACUGUAGGUAAUCCAAGAGGCACAAAACAGAAAAUUGAAAUCUCAAAGUUAUCUCUGAUUAAGAACAUCUACAUCGAUCAUUGACUAAUUUUAUUUUAUCAAUAAAAUUUUGGCCAUAA